CUUCAUCCUGCAAGAUAAAGCGACCAAGAAUCCCAUACCCACAACUGAACCGUAAGCCGAUGGCGACCAAUAUUCUAAGGCGCGCUGCCUCAUCCGUUAUAACGUCAAAGACCGGAAGUCUCCUCACCGGAACGUCGAGAAGAAGCUAUGCAUCGGUUGCGGUGGGGAUUGACAUAGUGUCGGCCGCACACGGUGUCAGUCUUCAGAAAGCUCGGAGCUGGGACGAAGGCGUUUCUUCCAAUUUCUCCACUACUUCUGUCAAAGACAUUUUCAAGGGCAAGAAAGUUGUCAUCUUUGGGUUGCCCGGAGCAUACACAGGUGUUUGUUCACAACAGCAUGUGCCUAGUUACUCGAAGAACAUUGAUAAGUUCAAGGCGAAAGGAAUCGACUCUGUCAUUUGUGUUGCCGUUAAUGAUCCUUAUGUUAUGAAUGCCUGGGCAUGCAAAUUGACAGCUAAAGAUGUGAUAGAUUUUUAUGGCGACUUCGACGGAAGCUUCCACAAGAGCCUGGAAUUGGGAAAAGAUCUCUCUGCUGCUUUGCUCGGGCCUCGCUCUCAGAGAUGGUCAGCCUACGUAGUUGAUGGAAAGGUUAAAGCAUUUAACGUGGAGGGUGCCCCAUCGGACUUCAAGGUUUCUGGUGCCGAGGUUAUUCUGGAGCAGAUAUGACGAUGGCAUGAUAUCGCAGAGAUGAAUAAAACGGUUUGGUGCACUUACUAAGUUUGUAGGUUUAAAACCUAUGUUGUUACUGCUUAAGUUUUCAACGUUUGUUCUGAUACAUUUAUGUGGGCAUUUUCUUGUUUUGAAAGGUUUGGAGUUUGAAUCCUCUCAAACUUAACAUUUUAACCA